AUGGCAUCUAACGGUACAGGAACAGGUUCUCCAUGCGGCGCAUGCAAGUUUCUGAGGAGAAAAUGCGUGAUUGAUUGCAUAUUUGCACCGUACUUCUCAUCGGAAGAAAGUCCGGCGAGAUUUGCAGCCAUUCACAAGGUGUUCGGAGCAAGUAACGUUUCUAAAAUCUUGCUCCACGUUCCCAUCGAAGACCGGAAUGAGGUUGUCGUCACUAUGGCUUACCAAGCUGAAGCUCGUCUCCAUGAUCCUGUCUAUGGUUGUGUCUCUCAUGUCUUCGCCCUCCAGCAACAGGUGGCAUUCUUACAAGCACAACUGAUGCAACUAAAAGCGAACCUCGCCCACCAGACAAUCUCCACGGUGGCCGGAGAUCUGAGCAAGAGAUCAGAAAUGACGUGGCAGCAAACAAGUGGCUACACGAUACCGUACAUGCCAUACAGUCACGAAAACCCUAAUAAACUGGUGACACCGCUGAGCUCAAUCGAAUCGUUGAAAUACAGCCACACGAGUAGUGAAGUCACGACCAGCGUGCAAGAUAUUCAAACGGGUCGGUUUGGGUUUCACCAGGACGGUUAUCCAAACAAGAAGAGAUCGCAGGGUUACAGUAAUAGCGAUCUCGGAGAGCUUCAAGCGUUGGCUAGGAUGAUGAGAAACUGA